AGGACAAUGCAGCACAGCAACAAAUAUAGACUCCACCUGUUCUGUCGGGAUGUGAUCGAGUGUUUCCCCCUCGCACGCGUGCGUUUCAUCCGGGUGCUGCGGUUUCCUCCCACAUGUAAAACAAACCCCAUAAUUAAUCGUCCGAUAAGACCUUAAUCCCUAGAGCACCGCAGAGUUUGGGAAUUGUUGGGAAUUGUUGGCUGCCUUGCUGCUGGUCUGCGGUUCCUUCUCUCGCCUCUGAGUCGUUCUCUCUCUGUCUCUCCGAGAGCGAACGAAUACUGCGCGGCGUGUUAGAAGUUGAAACUAUUAUCACUACUAGACUACUACUCCCGCCGCUGCACCUUGGAAUUCCCUGCCAUCGUUAACCCCACCCCACCACCACCAAGUUCUACAAACAACCUUGGCUCAAUUCAAGAGACGUGUCAACUCUCUAAUCUUAACAUCAGAGAGAGUGCUGUUUGUUGCUGGCCCGCCUCGAUGCGCUCAGCGACCGUGGCGUUUCGGCUGCCCGCGCCGUGGGGCUGAGGAAACGGAGCUUCGCGGGUGCGGGGGAUUCGUUUCCCUGCGUCUCGAGUUCCUUCCUGGCGGUUCAGCCGACACUGCCCCUCCAACUCACCUCGCCACCCCCCACCACACUCCCCUCUCCAAGUCUCCACCCCCCACACACCCACCGAGCUUCUUAAAAUAAUAAUAAAAAAUUACAAUUGUAUUAGGGGGCAGCUGUUUUAAGGGAAGGCGAGCGGAACGGAGCGCCCACAAAGCAGAGGGAGUGGCGAGCAGACAGGGCUGAGUGGCCGAGGUAGCACGGCACGGCAUCCCGAUGGAGCGAUCACGGAGCGGAGCUGCGGAGAGACGCUGCGUCUGAUCUCGCUCCCCGUGUGGAACGUGGCGAGUGCACCGCUCGAUUCGCGCCCGAGGAGAGGGAGAGACAACCGCACCGCUGGUCGUGACGUCCUCUCGAGUCGCGACGUAGAAUUUGCCCCCCAGGGGUCGCGGAAUUCGCGGAACCUGCAUUUGCGCAAAGCUUCAGAUACCGCGCGCGGUUCUUGCGUAAAAAAAUAAAAAAAGCAAACUCAAACUUUACGCAAUUCGCCGCAAACUCGCGACCAGGGGCAGCACAGGGAAACGUGCGGCGAGCGUGCGUCUACAAAGAGCAGCGUCUGGACAGAGCGGAACGCAAAGCGGUCUCUGCCACGAUGGUGGCGACGUGUUGGACGCUGUUCUUCUCGCUGGCGUGGUGCGGGGCGCUUGUGGGAGCGCUUUCCUCGAGCCAAUCGUCCGCUCGGGCACAGCAGCAACAGCAGCUACAGCAGCAACAGCAGCAGCUACAGCAGCAACAGCAGCAGCUACAGCAGCAACAGCAGCUACAGCAGUCUCACAGUGAUGCGACUCAGGUUGGACUCGAUGCGCGCCUCCCUGUCGCUCACGCCGACUCAAGACAGCGCGGCGGACGCAUCACGGGCCGUGCCAUGGUCACCCCCGCGCUCCACCACCAGCAGCAGCAGCAACAACAUCCUCAUCCUCAUCGCGACGAGAAUGCGAUUCACACGGGGAGGAUGGACGAACGCGACUCUUCCACGGGAACGAGUGAGCGAGGUCCACUCACGGGAGACGCGCACGACAAGGCGGCGACCGCGGUGUCACAAACCCAGCAACAGCAACAACAUGGCCAGCAGCAGCAGCCCCAUCGACAGCCGCUCCACCAUCUCCUUCAUCGUCACCAUCAGCAGCGGCAGCGACAGAGAGACACGGAGACUCCAGGGGGAACCGCUGCUGCUGCUGCUGGAGAGGCGGGCGGAGGGGUGCGGUCGCCCGGGACCGUUUGGGAGGCAUCGGGGUUGGUGCAAGAGGAGGGAGGCUCCACGCGGACGUCUCGACACACGCGCAACUCCGCGUCGAGAGGGCGGAACUGGUGCGCCUACGUGCGGACCCGGCUCUCGCCCACGGCGCUCGCCGACGGCAGCGAGACGUACGUGGGCAAGGCGAGUCAGCAGUGCCCCUGGACGUACGGAGUGUGCGGCAUCGUGUACCGCGUGAUGCAGCGGCCGGCAUACCGCGUCAAGCACCUCAUCGUCACCUCCCUCGAGUGGCGCUGCUGCCCGGGACACGACGGCACCAACUGCGAACCCAAAGGGCCGUUUGGGUUCGUGCAGGGCACUCCGCUUGACUCAAAAGAUACCGCCAUCCCCUCGUCUCCACUCAACGAUGAAAAGAACCGGCCCGGGCGCCACGACGGCAGCAAUCACCUGGAGAAGCACCUGGCACACCUGGCCCAACUCCAGCGGGACGUGGCCAACGUGUCCGGCGCCCUGGGCGACGUGCGUGGCAGCCUGCGUGCCCUCGAGGAUCGCGUGGCCGUGCCCCGGCCCGACGCCACCUCGAACAGGAUCUCCGAGGACGACGUGACGGAGCUGGUGAAGAAGCUGGUCCAGCAGCAGAUGGGUGAGCUUCACCAGGCCCUGUACGAGCCCGUGCGCCGAAUCGCCUCCACCGUGGCAGGUCUGGCCAAGGACGUGGAGCUGAGCCGGCGCGACGCCGCGGCGCUCAACGGCAGCGUGGCCGACGCGGCGAGGGCGUGCGGGGAGGCGCGUCUCCUGGCGCGGAGCAACGCGCACUCCAUCGCGGAGCUGGCGAGCUCCGAGCUCCGCGUGGGGAGCCAGAGCCGGCCCCCGGGCGCAAUUGGGAACGACGGAGCCGCGGAGGAGGACGGGGACGAGGAGAAGGGCGAGGACGCGGCCGAGCGCGUUCGGGAGGAGCUCGAGCGGCUGCGGCACAGCGUGCUGUCGGACUUCUCCCGGCUGCUCGGGGAUCUCCGCGAGGAGGUCCGCGGCCGCGUGGACGCCCUGGACGCGUCCGUGGCGGACGCGGAGCGGCGACAGCAGCGGCAGCAGGCGGAGCUGCAGAAGCUCCUCGACGCGACGUCGCCACCCCCGCCGGCGUCGCCCCCGACGGCGGGGCCCGGCCACGCCGCGCCGACGGGAGAUUGGCACGGCGUGAGGGAGACGAUGGCCAUCCACGCGGCGCUCAUCAACGACACGAGCGAGCGCGUGUGGCAGCUCGCGCAGCUGCUGCAGCAGCGGCGGCAGGAGGAGGAGGAGGUGUGCGGGACGCCGUGCGCGCUGCUCGUGGCGUCGGCGCGGGACGCACAACAGCUGGCCCACGGCGCUCGCGAUGCGGAGGAGAGGCUCGACGGCCUGGAGCGGCUGCUGCGUGCGAACCUGUCAUCCGCCGAGGAGGGGCUGCGGCAAGCGACGGGCGCCGUGCGGGACCUGUACAGGGAGACCGGGGAGCUGCGCCUGGCCCUGGGCAAGCUCCAGCAGGAGCAGCAGCAGGAGCAGCAGUGGGGGCGGGAGUCGAACACGGACGCGCCGCGCGCUCGGGCCGACACGCCGGACCCGGACAUGCGGCCUUCUCCCGGGGAUUCGGACGAACGCCUCGACGCUUCCUCCUCUUCGUCCACCCUGGACGAGUUGGCGGGCGACGUCGCUGCCCUCAAGCUCUCUCACGACGACCUCCUCGCCCUCGUCCACCAAAAGUCGCGGGUGCAGGCGCUACACACGCAGGAAUUGCUCGACGCGCUGGCGGCGCGCGUGGAGGGCGGCGCGCGGGAGGCCGGCGCCCGCCUGGACGCUCUGGCGGCACGCAAGGAGGCAACGGCGCACGACCACGACAAGCUCGUGCGCCACGUGGAGCGCCUCUAUAACUCCAGCGUGGACACCCUGCUGCACGUGAGCAGCCUUGGCCAGCGCCUCGACGACCUCAACAGUUCGUUCAACACGCUGCUGGAGGACACGCUGCGCCACACGCUGGUGCUCGAGGCCAUGGGGGCUUUCGACGAGUCCGAUUACGACGACGACGAUGACGACGACGACGACGGCGACGAUGGAUACGGAACUCCCAAACGAAGCAUCAACCUCCUGGAGCUCAACAAAGGUGUGCUGGCCGCCUCGGACUCGGCGCACCGCAAUGGCAAGGCGCUGGACCAGAUGAUCACGCAGGUGCGCAAUCUCAAGCAGCAGCUGGACGACAGGGUGGCCAACCUGGAGCGGCGCUUCCUGAGCGGCGGGGCAGGAGGCGUCGGAGGCUCCGGCGGAGACGGGGACGGCUCGGGAGACGCAGCCAGAGACGGAUCCCUCGGGGUGGAGGUCGCGAGGCUGCGCGACCUCGAGGUGGCCGCCAGGGAGUCGCGGCAACAGCGGCGCUUCCUCGAGGAGAAGCUACGGGACCUGGAGAGCAGCUGCUGCGGCGGCGGCGGCGGCGGAGACUCGUCCUCUUCCAUCACCAUCGGAGACGUCCUGGAAGAGUUCAGGCAGGAGGUGGAGCGCAACAUCACGUCGGUGCGCCUCACGCUGGAGGCCAUCCCGCUGGAUGAGGUGCGCCGCGAGCUGAUCGCCGAGGUGAGCGAGCGGGUGAACGCCGCCCUCCUCGACGCAAGGCAGGGGAAGGGUGCUGGCCGACGCCGCCAGCGCAAGAAGGGAAAGGGCCCCGGACGCGGGUCGGGAGCCGGCGGGAGCGACGACGACGACGAGGCCGAUGAUGAUGCUGGUGGUGGUGGCGGUGAGGAUUUUGGUGGAGCAGCGGUGUACAGGGAGCUGGUGGGAGACGAGGAUGCGGAGAGCCACCUGGAGAGGAGGAAGCGCAGGGGCGCGUGAGUGAGCCCAGAGGGUGGCGCCGACUCAGGCAGCUCGACCCAGAAGCAAAACACCAGCGGCUCUUCUCUUGUAGCUCCAUGCCCGGCUCCGCCGGUGUGCCGGACCAUCCCAGGCCAGCUUGAAGCUUUUUUGUAUCAGUCAUCUCCUGCGUCGUGUCCACUGACUGUGGUGGACUCGUAUUGUUUAUACGACCCUUCUGAAAUGAUAAAUACAAAUCCAACACAUUUGCGGAAAGAGUUCCUUUGACAUAUAAAAUAAAAAAUCUUCUAAGAAAGACGUGUUUUUAAAUUGGAUUUUAAUAAUGAAUGAGAGAAAAAAAAAGUUAUUUUAAAGUUGCUUUCGGGAGUGUCGCAAAUGAUCGUUUUGUGUCAUCGCUGGAAUGUGACUGCCAUUCCCUUCCUUUCACAAAUCAUCCGGUGCUGCUUCUGUUGCGUUGCGAGUGGUGCACACGCAUAAACAACAUUCAUCAAUAACACUGCGGCCUUAAAAUAAAAAUAAUUGAUAGGUUCCAUUCCAGGCAAUGGACCUUCUUCAUAGCACAUAGAAAAAAUAAAAAUAGACUUAUUUUUUUACCAGGUAAGGCCCACUGAGCUAUAGAGCUCUAUUUCAGAAGGCACCUGCUCACAAAUGAUAGAUCAACGAAGUGGCUUAUCACGUGGAAAUUUAUAGCAGCCAAAUACUCUAAACGCACAUUGAUUCAAAAUGUGGAGUGAAAAACUGGAGGACCCGGAGAAAAUUCCUCGAGACCACCGGGAGAACAUGCAAACUCCAAAUAUACAACAGGUGUCAGGGUCAAAAUCGAAUCCACAACCUCCUGCAUACCAGGCAAAGUAGCUAACAUCUCGCCAACGUGGUCGAGAGAUGCCAGAGAGAGAGAGAGUGUAAUUGCGGUUUCAGAGUGCACUUAACACCAUGGGACCUGAUAAGAAUUAAAUUGUUUUAUUUGUUUUCUAACGACCCGUGUUUGAAUUGGCAUGUGAAUAGUUAGACAAACAGUGGCUAUUGAGUUGUACCAGUUAAACCCCUUCGAAAAUACGGGAAGCUUGCUACGGCGCUGCUUACGGAAGCCAAGGGGCGCCCAGCACAGGCGUGAAAGUGGUUACCAGUGGUUACCAGAUAAGAGCUGUUGGUGUGUAUGUUGAACUUUUUUCGCACCGUACGCAGCCGACCAAACUCAUCGGAGGUGUGGAGGAAGGCUUCCUCAUGUCGGAAGGAAGAGCGUUCCUGACGACCACAGCAGCGCAUCUGAAAACGAGCGAUGCGGUAACCAUCUUUGUCCGAUAACUAGCCAAAGGCCGCCAGCUGAGAGGCUGACCGGAGUGCGCGUGAUAGUUCAUGCUCCUUGACGAGAUCAGCGACGUGUUGUGGUUCAUUUGUGGCAAGCGCUUUGUGUGUCAUGAGCGCAACCUUCGUGUUUAAUUUACGGAAGAACCGGGACCGCAACUUUUACCCGAGAUCGGCGCGGGAUGACCGUUGCAUUUCACGCGGACAACGGUGUGGUGCUGUAUGGAGAAGGGAGGGUCGGGGGCCGCGAGGCCUCGUGAGAAUUCAUCAUCACACGGCCUCAUUAGAAUCCAGCGGGGAAUAAAGCAAGCUUUGAGAAUUCAUCAACACACGCUCUCAUUAGAAUCCAGCGGGGAAUAAAGCAAGCCUGAGAAUACCAAUGUGAUUGUGAUGUAUUUUUCAAAAAAGUAAAUGUUAUUUUUCUUCUAAUUUUUGUUUAAUAUAUAUAAUGGAAGCGAACGCCGUGAAGUAUUGUAUAGCUAAAUAUAGCCUUAAGUGUGAACAUAUACCUCGUGUGCUCACGUUAAGCUCCUUUAAUUGCCAAAUACUACAUGGCCGAUGUAAUUCAUAAUAAGUAUCCGGUGUCAGACCGUGUGGGUGCAAACUCGAUUCGAGUUGUGUGCACCCUCCACCACCGUCCGACAAAUCUAGUUGUCACCUGAAAAAAAAUGUGCGGAAUAGUUUUUGUUCUUCAACUAUUCACAUGCCUAUUUUAAAAAAUUGCUUAUCAGGAAAAUUUUUAAAACGUAGCUCUCAUGAGUCCCCAUGGUGUUCAGUGCAGUAUCCAACCCUCAUGAACUCUCUCUCACCUCUCCAUGUGCGGUGAAAUAGAGCCAUUGCCUGAAACGUUGCCGAUCAUGUGUUUUUUCUUUUAAGGCCACAAUGUCUGUUGUAACUUCAUGACCCACCCCUAGUGGACAUCUGUGAAAAAGAGCCUCAUUGCUCGCAUUUCUCCAGAGUGAGUCAAGAUUCUGAUUCUGUUAUUGACUAAUCGGUUGAUUUUUUUUCCUUUGAAAUUCAAACCCAAACUCAAUUGGCACAUUUGUCCAGGUGAUAACUGGAUUUGUUCGGCUGUGUCUGAUCGACUUUGCGCCAACGGGAUCGAACCCAAAACACUCGUCACGAAUCUUGAUGUCGGUCGUGAACGCCUACACUGUGCGUAUGAAAUUGUCUCAUGUACAUUUGUCCGAAUUUUGUUGUUAUUUGUUGCAUCGUGUGUACACGUGUGUUUUACCACGAGUGUUUCCCUAAUAAAUAAAUCCGAGUUGCACCGUCAUUUCUGAA